AUGGCUCAAACCACAACUGCUAAUUGUAGCAGCUCUUCGUCAUCGAUCAUCUACUCCAAAAAUGAAGAUUUCCUUCAUAAUUUUGAUUUCAAUAGUAUUGUUGAUCUCGAACAAUUAUCGUUAUUGACUUCUGAACUAAUUAUUGAUAUUCUUUCACGAACAUCAUUACAAACAUUUGCUACUGUACGUUGUACAAAUACAUAUUAUGGAAAUCUAACAUACAACAACUAUGUUCUUCAUAACUACAACUGUAGAAAUAAUGUGGUUUGUGGAAUUAUCGUUAAAAAAAAACCAUGGAGAAAUAUAGAGCGUCAGUUUCUUCCGUCUUUUGGUAGCAACAAGCAUGACAUUAAUUGGCUACCACAUACUUGUACUAUUUUAGCAUCAUCAUUGUGUGGACUCCUUCUUUUUGAAUACUAUGAUCCAGAUGAAUACGUUUCAAAGAUUUUAUUUGUUAUCAAACCAACGACUUCAAAUGCCAAAUGGAUACCAUUUCUGACCUCUGAAUACACUGCAACAAAGUUUGCUUUGGUAGUUAUCAGUUCGAACCCGUUACAUUUCAAGGUCAUUCGAUUGUCAUACACAAAGUCAUCUGAUAUGCCUACGGAAAAAAUGGACUAUGAUUACUACAACAUCAAAUUGUUUUCAUCUACUACAUGGCAAUGGAGGGAGUUUCAAAAUAUCCGGUUACCAUCAUCUGUUUAUCCUAUCUCUGAUGAGGCAGGUACAGGUGGCGGUGCCGUACACUUCUUAUUAUCUAAUGAUACCAUAUUGCGAUUUGAUAUUUAUUCAGAAGAACAUAUACUCAUAUUUGCACCUUCUACUAUUAAUGAAUUAAAACUGUAUGCAUCGAGACUAAUCAAGUUUCACGAAAAAUUAGGAUAUCUCUCUAUAAGUGGAGAUAGUUCGUGGGCUAUUAGGAUUUUCAUUCGCAAUCGGUGGGUUAAAGUAGAUGAUAGUACUUACAAUGAAAGUGCACAUGAAUGGUGAGAUUAUAGAAACAAUACCUUAUAUUUUUUUUAGAGGAAAUAUGAUUGAGUAUGUGGUUCCGGCACAUCAUUCUCAACAAGUUUUUUCAAUCCGUUCUACAUUUUGAUACAGUAA